CUGAGCGGGGUGCUGGCUGCCCGAGCCCAGGGUGCCCAUUGGCAGUCAGCGCCUGCCUGUUUCCCCAGCGUCCUGACGGUUGGCAGUCGGGGCUCCAGGAGGCUCGCCCUGCGACCGUCCUCAGCGUGCACGCACUUGUCCCACGGAUCCCUGGCUGUGCUGUUUGCAUUCUGAGCGCUGAGCCCAUGGGGAUUCCAGCGUGGUUCAGACUUUCCACUUGAAGACAUCGCCCUCCCUUCCUGGGAAAGCAGAAGUGAACUCGCCAAAGGGGGGCGGCCGUGCUCAGACUCACUUGACGCAGGCAUCCGUGGAGGUCCUUUCGCCUACAUGCCCAGGAUGACAGCUUGGCGGGGGCCCGUCUGGCUCACCUUCCUGUGUUUUGUGAUCCACGCCCGAGGUCAAGGUGACUUUGAUUUGGCCGACGCUCUGGAUGACCCUGAACCCACCAAGAAGCCGAUCUCAGAUAUCUACCCAAAGCCGAAGCCCCCGUUUCAUCCGCAACCCGGAAAUCCCGACAGCAGUGGAAAUAUCUACCCAAGGCCAAAACCACCACCGCCUCGUCCACCGCCUGGCCAUUCCGACAACAGUGGAGGUUACUUCGGUGACGUGGACCACAGCGAUGGCCGCUACCCGCCCAGGCCGAGGCCGCCGGCAGGCGGCGGCGGGGGCGGCGGCUACAACAAUCCCGGUUAUGACAGCUAUGGAAACUCACACGGCGGAGGGCGCAAUCGACCCAAUUCAGGUGGAUACAAUCAGGGUGCAGGAGGGUAUUCAACCUACGGCCACCCACACGGAAAUACGGUGGCAAAAAUCGUGUCUCCUAUCGUCUCGGUCGUGGUGGUGACCCUGGUGGGGGCAGCGGUCAGCUAUUUCCAACGCAACCGGAGGAGAAAUUGUUUUCGGACAAAUGCCCCAGAGAACGUCUGAGCACCUCAGCGUCACUUCGAGGAAAGUUCAACCUGGGCAAGAACUGCGUUUCUCACUCCUUUGAACAGUUCCUUUCAUUCUUGGCGUAAUUCACCUCCCUCAAAUGUUAUGUCUCCCGUUGGAAAUAGCUGAGCUGCCUCCCACAAAAUCCUCAAUUUGUCGGACGUGGUGCGUUUAUAAAGAUUACUUACACAGCCGGACAUGCAGUGGUCGAAAGGGGUGGCCUCAUCCCUUGGUUCCAUUGUCCCCUUGGAUGCAGAGGUGACGAGUCUGCUCUGGAAGAUGAAGAACACGGAUGGGGUUUCAAACAGGUUUCAAAAUAAGCAGCCUGAGCCAUGCAACGUUCUCCGCGUAUGAGGGAAAUCGUGAGAAACGAUACCCAGCACUACAAGUAAAGUGGGCACGAGGCAUGCAUGGUGCUGGGGCUGACGGCAGGUCAGCUCUGGCUCGUCUGCGUGCAACACGUUUGUCACCUGCAGGAAGGGAGGCUGGAUGGGGGAUUUUCAACUGCAGAAUCGCUCGGGUUCAAACCGUCUCGGACACUCGGUCGGUCUGGGGAUCGUUUUCCCUGUGAACUCUUAGGGUUUCCAUGGUGUUUUUGUUUGUUUCUUUGUUUUGUUUUCUUGGAAACUAUGGGACAGACCUAGCGAUUUGAAGGUGUUGAAGCUUUUCGUAGUAUUUUUAGUCUUUGGUACUCUGUAGGUGCCAGUUCUUGAGGCAAGUGCAUACGUGGCUUUCCUUGGCUUAUACAUUUUCUUUGUGCUGGAGUAGAGAGCCUUAUAUCCUCAGACAUCUAAACAUUCGAGUAGCUGUUUGCUUUUAUUUUAGGACUGCUUUCGGCGAGAGGAAAACGGAAGGUGUGGGUAUAUUGGAAUAGCUUCAUUCAACGACUGUUCAUGUUUACAGGACUUUCAGACUUUGCUGUAAGUCUCAGAACCAAAGGUGAGGACCUUUGUUGUAAACCAGAGCUCAGAGUCCCACACGUGCGUGCUUUGUCAUCAGCACUAGGGAUUCGGUGCUAGGUAUCCAGAGAGAGAGUCAAAAGUACAAAGCGUUCGAAAAAGAACUUCAAAGUACUGGUGCCGAUGAGAUGUGUCAGAACCGCAUGUCUCACGGGAUGGAUCGACGUGGGAUUCGAGCAAUUUGAAGACCGCCUGUGUUCCCUAUAUCACUAUGAACAUUCUGUGAGGUGUCUCAGCUCAGGUACAGGGUUCCUGUAAGUGAUGGAGCCUAAUGCCCCCUGAACAUGUUCCAUAUAUGCGUUCCAGUGUGCGUUUAAAACUUCUGUUUAAAAAGUUUGUGUUUACUGCACACACACACACACACACACACAUUCACACGUAUAAAUAUAUAUGUGGAAUUUAAGCAUUUUAAUCGACAGAUCCACCUGUUUUCUGCAGCUGUCUUCAAUAACUUUUCAUCAUUUA